GCCGGGCCGGCGGCUGUUCCUGGCUGUAGGCUGGUGUGGAGCUGAGUGGUGGAGGACUGAGAGCAGUAGCAGCAGUAGCAGUAAAUAUAAUACCAUAUAUUAUAAAUCCGGGUUUAAUAUCGGGUUUAUCGGCGAGAAUGCCUCUAAAAUUCGAGUUAUGUCCGGGCCGGAUGAUCGGGGGGAACCACCCCUGCUUUAUCAUCGCUGAAAUCGGACAGAACCACCAGGGAGAUCUGGACACAGCCAAGAAAAUGAUCCGGAUGGCCAAAGACUGCGGGGCAGACUGCGCUAAAUUCCAGAAGAGUGAGCUGGAGCACAAGUUUAACCGCCGCGCUCUGGAGAGACCCUACACAUCCAAGCACUCCUGGGGGAAGACAUACGGAGAGCACAAGCGCCACCUGGAGUUCAGUCAUGAGCAGUACAAGGAGCUACAGAAAUACGCUGCUGAGGUUGGAAUCUUCUUCACCGCCUCAGGCAUGGAUGAGAUGGCUGUAGAGUUCCUCCAUGAACUUGACGUCCCUUUCUUCAAAGUCGGCUCCGGUGACACCAACAACUUCCCCUAUCUGGAGAAAACGGCUCAGAAAGGUCGGCCCAUGGUGGUCUCCAGUGGGAUGCAGUCGAUGGAGACGAUGCGGCGAGUCUAUCAGACGGUGAAGAAACACAACCAGAACUUCUGUAUCCUGCAGUGUACGAGUGCGUACCCUCUGGAGGCCGAGGACGUUAACCUGCGUGUCAUCACAGAAUACCAGAAGGAGUUCCCGGACAUUCCCAUUGGCUACUCCGGUCACGAGUCGGGCAUCAGCAUCACGGUGGCUGCAGUGGCUCUGGGGGCCAAGGUGGUGGAGCGCCACGUGACCCUGGAUAAAAGCUGGAAGGGCAGCGACCACGCGGCGUCGCUGGAGCCCGGAGAGCUGGCCGAGCUGGUGAAGGCCAUCCGGACCGUGGAGAGAGCGCUGGGCAGCGGGGUUAAACACAUGCUGCCCUGCGAGGUGCCCUGCCAUGACAAGCUGGGUAAGUCCGUAGUGGCUAAAUCAGCGAUUUCUAAAGGAACCGAGUUGACCCUGGACCUGCUGACGGUGAAGGUGGCCGAACCCAAGGGUGUGGCUCCAGAGGACAUUUUCCAGCUGGUGGGGAAGAAAGUGCUGGUGGACAUCGGGGAGGAUGAGAGCGUCACCGAGGACGCGGUCGAGUGUUACGGCAAAAAAGCCAAAGUGUGAUGGAGCUCAGAAUCUGCUGACAGCCAGCACGAGAUCUGCUGUUAUCAGCUACAGCGGGGCAGCGGCAACCUCAGUGCUGGAACUCUGGAACAGCGUGGAAUCUCCAGAACGCUGCAGAUGCUGUUGGUAUCAAAUGGAGCCCAAAAUGUGAAACGUCCUGCAGAAACGUCCUUUCACUUAUUCUGUAUUGGACAGGUUUGAUUUUGGGCUUAAGUUACUGAGAAAAUGUUACUGUUUUGUGAAGAAUCAAAGCACUUUGCCAAACUCUAAAUAAACUGCGAGUUAAUAACCACAA